AUGGAAGGUUAUCGGGUCUAUGUUUUUGUUCUAUCGUUGGCUGUGUUCCUAUUAUUUGACCAAUUAAGACCAUGCACAGCCGCCAGAUCGGUUCCAAGCCAGGCAAACACCGAUUACAUUAAAUCAUCAUGCAAAGCUUCAAGGUAUCCCGACUUGUGCUACAACUCUCUGCAAAUGUAUGCAACCGAAAUCAAGACAUCCCCCAAAACACUCGCACUUACCGCCCUCAAUGUGACCCUUGAACUCACUAAACAAUCUCAAACUGGAGUAAAUCGUCUUGCAGAAACUAGAGGUUUGAGCUCUGUGGAGAAUAAAGCCAUGGGCGACUGUGUGAAGCAGCUCAAGGCCACCGAGAAGGAGCUCCAAAGUUCUAAAAGCGAAUUGGCUCUCAUAGUCGUCCCUGCUAAUUCUAGGCUACAAAUAAGUAACGUUCAAACUUGGGUUAGUGCUGCAUUAACGGAUGCGAGCACUUGCACGGAUGAUUUUGCUGAUCGUAAAUUGAAUGGACAAGUAGAGAUUGAUACAGCCAAUUACGUUAAGAAAGUUGAAAGUAUGAUAAGUAUCGCUUUAACAUUUAUCAACAGCUACGCCACAUCAAGUUAA